UCUGUGGUGUGUGUGUUUUGACUGGAGUUGAUCUUUCUAACCAAAAUGAAUUCCGAAGAUCCUCAGAACAAAAAGAUCAUGGCGUUAACAGAGGAAAGAAUACAAGAUAUUGAGAAAAAGAAAGAAGUACUCGAAGGCUUAUAUUGUCAAGCUAAAGAAUGCUUGACAAAAGCAGAUGGAGGCGAGUUUUGUGCUGCUGAAGUAAUGAAUCUUGUGGAGGAGUCGCAGAAAAUUAUCGAAUCAGAGUUGAAAUGGAACAAUACCAAAGUGUCUUUGCCACUCAUUGAUGUGAAAGUACUUAGUACUGCUGUAAAUACUCUGAAGCUUAAUGCCAGUAGCAUGGAUGUCGAUUGUCGGACGUUUGAGACACUUGAAUGUUCUGAAAAACUUUUACCAUUUCUGGAACCUGGACAUAUGGAUUCUUUGUUUUCAUACAGUGAAAAAUGUUUCAGUAUGACUGUUCCAACGUUCCCAUUUUUAUAUGGAACACUUAAUGAGGAGGAAACACAAAAAGUUGUCAGAAGACAGAGACCAAAACCAGCAGAAAACGUUGAGAGUGAAAAGAAACGCCCAGAAAAUGUCACAACUUUAGAGAAGGAAGAGACUGAAAUUCAAAAAGUGCUCCAGCGUAUGAUAAAGGUUCUUCAUGCUGAAAGUGGUAAAAGCAAGAAACCAGUAUCCUAUUUCCAUUUUGUUGUAGACCCCAAGUCAUUUUCAAGAACAGUUGAAAACAUGUUUCACGUAUCAUUUUUAGUGAGAGAUGGUGUGGUGCUUCUGACUUUAGAUGAAAACAAUGUUCCAGUCCUUGUACCAGUGAGCUCAUCUGAGAUAGCGAGGAGAGAGAAAACUGGCAUCACCAGGAAACAACUCAUAAUUGAUAUUACAAUGGACGAUUGGCAGUACUUAAUAAAAGAAUUUGAUAUACAGCAGCCACUGUUCAGACCAAGAACUGGAUGAUAACAUUCAUAGGUGCAAGUCAUAUUUUGAAGAUUAAUUUGUACCCAACUUAAACAUUUCAUUGCUCAAUGGAGAUUUGAAAAAUGAGACAUGUCAUUGACAUUAAAGUCAAAGGAGCAGUCUCAUAAUUUGUAACCUGAGACGGGUGAAAUAGAUCACUCAGUUUCUUUUUAGUACCUGAUGUCUGUGUUGUAUGUGGUGCAUAUUUUAACAAAUAGGUGUGAAAUUGUCAACAACUGAAGAAUAAAUUAAGUAUUCAAUGUAAAAGUUAGAUGUAAAGAAAAAUCACUUUUGUCAGCUGUUUUCUGUUACGAACUUUUUAAAACCAUCUUCAGACGUUAGCUGAAAUAGUACACAGUUGUUACAGUGAUGAUCAGAUCAAAUCAGCUAAUGAAGACUUAAGUUUAUGCAGAGAUUUGGCUUAAGAUGACUAAAUAUAUGUAAAUAGUUGGCUACAUAUGAUUGAUAAAGCUUUGAUGUGUACCUGAUAAGUACAGUACAUCUCUUUUAUUUGUCCUACAACAGUCGUCUCUUUAAUGUCCAUGUGUUGCUUUCAGAAUUAGAUAUGGUGACCUCAGUAUCUGUUUUGAGUGUUGGUCCUCAUAAAAUUGCAGAAAAUUUAACAGUGGGAAGGAGAAGAUGUUGUUUGAUAGAAAUAAAAAUGUUACAUGGCAUUGAAAAUUUGAAGCUUGAUCAUGCAUAAUAAAUGUUUUUAUUUGCACCUGGUUCAUAUGUGGUGACAUUGCAAGGGUAGUAAUGUGGUAGGCUGUAUAAGAAAUUUUACUUCUGUGGAAUUGGUUUUGGGCUACUUUUCCAAUUACCGUCAGCAUGUGUGUGACCUUUAGCGAUAGAAUUAAGUUAACCAACGUACGGAAAAUCUCCAAAGCAGAAAAAUGAAUAUUUUUUCAAACCAUUUCGUCCGUGUUCCUUUCCUGAACCAACUAAUGAACAGUGUUGUGAAAGGUUACACAAUAUGACACACACACACACACACACACACACACACACACACACUCACUCACUCACUUAUAUGACUGUUUCACGGUAAAUUACCUCAUUUGACCAGGUCACAAAUCAGUAAAAGUCUGGUGCCAUGCCUAUAUUGUGAUAUGCCUAUAAGAUUUUAUUUUCAGAUCUAUUUUAAUUAGAGAUAAUACACAUAUACAUUGUACUUUUAGUACACCAUUAUAGAAUGACAGGCUUAGAUAUGGCUGAGUGCAGUGAUCAGCCAGCCCAUUGACUAUAUGUAAUUGAGUUAGUAGACCAUGAAAUUGACUUCAGUCCUGCUGGCUUUUACGUAAAGAUACUCUCAAUAAUGUACUGUAUUUACCUGAUUAACAUAACACCCCCCCCCCCUCCUUUUUUAUUUUAUUUUAUUUUUAAAAGAAAAAGAGGCUUUGUUAGAAAUUUUUAUAUUUUAUGUAUUCUGACUGAUCGAAAUUGCAAACUGUUUUAUUGGUAAACUGUCGGCCUAAAAAAUUUAACAUUAUAGCUAUUGUAAACUAAGUCCAUUUAUUGUCAACAUUUUGGUAAUGUAUGGAGAAAUAAAUGAUACAAA